AUGUACUGGCAAUUGGCAAAACGCCUGGUGGCUGAUUUCCCUCUCAAGUUGACUGGCUUCAUCAUGUACCAGCCGUUGAAUGACCUUGGUGUCAAUUUCUUCAUGACAAACUUUAUUGUGGACGAUCCUGCCAUGUCCCUACUGGAUUACUUGCCCGAUUUCUACGCAAAGAUGGCUCACUCCGAUCCUGCUUUGCCGCAAAUCUGUGCAGCUGUUGGUCUGGUUGGUCUGGUCAACAAAUCUCAUAAUAGGGACAUGCUCAGUGCCGCCACGCACAACUAUGGUGCUGCAAUCCGGGCUAUCAACAAUGCACUGCUGUGUGCGAAGACUGCAGUUCAGGACUGCACAGUCGCAUCGAUUUAUCUGGCAGCGAUGUUUGAGGCGUUGGUCCUUCCAAGGCGCGCAGGUAUGGAUAAUGCCAGUAUCCAUCUAGCUGGUGCUGUUUCUGUCGCACACUUGAUCCUGCAGCAGCAGAAACAGACUGACGUUACCAUUAAGCUAUGCAAUACAUUGAUAAAGACUAUUGUCAUGGAUUGCUGGAUCCAAGGAGUACCACUAUCGCGUAAUAUUGUUGACUUCCAGAGGCUGGUGGAGAAGAAAGCAGAGCGUGUCCUGGUAGAUGACUCCUUUCUCAACAUCAUUCUUACCCUGCUUCAAUUCAAGGAAGAGUAUCGGGAUGCGGAUAAGGUUGAUCCAAUGGUCGUCGUUCAAAGCGCAUUGGCUCUUGACGCAAACCUGGAUGAAUACGCACGCGACCUGGCACAGGAAGCUCCUUUUGAGAAUCGUCAGCUUCCCGACGCUGAGCAUAGCCAUCUCGCGCACAAAGGCUACUUCCAUUGUACCGCCAGUGCCUCCUCCAAGGGUCGCUUCCUCAAGUUCGCGCAGUACCUCAGCCGACCGGGAGACGCACGAGCCCGAUGGUCACACAUCUAUACCGCAGUACAACAACCACAGUCUGCACCAUAUACUCCACCAACUCUACAGUCACGGAUCGGAGCUCUGCCUGCCGCAAUCCAACAAGAUUGA